GCUGCAUAGAACUUGUCAUUGUGGCCUCUUUCAGCCAUCGGUUGGUGUGAAUUCAUGUCAUUCAUGGACUGAGGGGACAGGACCAGAAGCUCUGCCCAAUCACACACGCAGAGAGCAGGGGGCGGGCUUUCCCAAUCUUCCGGGUUUUUGUCGCGGAAGCCCGCCAUCCACCCGCCAUCUUGUAGUCCUUCAAGCUGUUUCUCUGCCCUGGACAUCCAGCCGGCACUGUCGCCCUGUUACGUGCCAGUGCUAGGGAGGACUCUGGACACCUCGGGAGUCAGAAAUGGGGUUGCUGUCAUUUGAGGAUGUGGCUGUGGACUUCACCCGGGAGGAGUGGCAGGACCUGGAUGAUGCUCAGAGAACCCUCUACAGGGAUGUAAUGCUGGACAACUACAGUAGCCUGGUGUUCGUGGGGCGAUGCAUUACCAAACCUGAGUUGAUCUUCAAGUUGGAACAAGGAUUUGGGCCACGGAAGGUAGCAGAAGGCCCAACCCAGAGCCUUCCAGAUGUCCAUAAAGUGAAUGGCCUGAUUGAGAACAGCCAGCAAAAUCAAGAAAGACAGUUGUGGAAGGUUGUAAUCACUAGCGGCAACAUACCUGAACAGAUGGUUCAACAAAGAAGAACAUUUCAUGGGAUCUCAAAGUGUAUUUCAAAUCUGAACAUAAAGAAUGGAAACUACUCAAGAACGAGACCUGAGGAGCUUCAUGGAGGGCAGAAUGUGCUGCUCCACAGUGAGCCUGAGGAGAUGCAGGCUGCACAGGAGCAUGAUGGUGUUAUUGUAACUGAGAAGUCCCUCCGACAUCCUGAGCAUCUUAGUCUGCAUAACAAGACUCACAGCUCACAGAGGCAUCUUCACUAUUUUGGAUCAGGGAAUGUGUUCAACACAAAGGCAUUAUUAUUGUCUCACAAGUUUCAUAAGGAAGAGACCUCUAGGAAGUUCAAUGAAUAUGGCAAAUCCUUUGAUAAGGUAGCACUUAUUGCCCAAGAAAAGACUCAGGUAAGGGAGAAAACUUUUGAAUAUAAUGUAUGUGGGAUAGUUUUCUGUCAGAAUUCUAAAUGCCAUAAACAUGAGCAAAUACACAAAAGAGAGAAUUACAAAUUUAGUGAUUGUGAGAAACCUUUCAGUAAGAAAUCAAACCUUUCAGGACAUCAGGAAAAACAUGCAGGAGAAAAGCCCCAUGGACAAAAGGAAUGUCAGAAAUUCUUCGGUCAGAGGACAGAACCAAAUAUUCAUCAGAAAAUGGGUAGAGGGAAAACACUGUAUGCCUGUAAAGUAUGUGAAAAGAACUUUUACCAGAAGUCACACUUUAGCAGGCAUCAGAGAACUCACAAAGGUGAGAAAAACUAUGAAUGUAAAGAAUGUAGGAAAACAUUCUUUUUUAAGUCAAACCUUACUGUACACCAGAGAGCUCAUACAGGUGAGAAACCCUAUGAGUGUGAAAAAUGUACUAAAACUUUCAAACAAAGAGGACACCUCACUGUGCAUCAGAGAACUCACACUGGUGACAAACCGUAUGAAUGUAAUGAGUGUAGGAAAACGUUUAGACAUUUUUCAUCUCUCACUAUACAUCAGAGAAUUCACACAGGUGAGAAACCCUAUGAAUGUAAAGACUGUAGGAAAACUUUCAACCGAUUGGCGUCCAUCACUGUACAUCGCAGAACUCAUACGGGUGAAAAGCCCUAUGAAUGUAAGAAAUGUAGGAAAACUUUCAUCUCUAAGUCAAAUCUCACUGUACAUCAGAGAUUCCACACAGGUGAGAAACCCUAUGAGUGUGAGAAUUGUGGCAAAGCUUUCUUCUGUAAGUCGAACCUCACUUCCCAUCAGAGAAUUCACACAGGUGAGAAGCCCUAUGAGUGUCAGGAGUGUAGGAAAGCUUUCAAACAUUUUUCAUCCCUCACUGUACAUCAGAGAAUUCACACAGGUGAGAAGCCCUAUGAAUGUAAAGACUGUAUGAAAACUUUUUACCGUAAGUCACACCUCACUGUACAUCAGAGAACGCAUACGGGUGAUAAACCCUAUGAAUGUAAAGAGUGCGGGAGAACGUUCAACCAGUUGUCACACUUGACUGUACACCAGCGAACACAUAGAGGUAACAAACCCCACGAAUGUAGCAAAUGUGGGAAAACUUUCAAUAAAUUGGCAUCUCUCAGUGUACAUCAAAGGACUCAUACAGGUAGAAACCCUGUGGAUGUAAACAACGUGAAGUCACUUUUUUAGAAUGCAGUAAAAGUCUCUAUUGCUACUCAUCUGUAGCAGAUAUCUGAAACCACAAAGGUGCAAGGCCAUAUGAAUAAAGAAUGUCAAAAAACAUUUUCACACAUUUGAAACUUGUCACCAGAAGGUGAUAAAGCACAGGAAUGCAAAUGUGUAGUAAGAUGUUCUACCAUAAUUCACAACUCAUUCUAGAAACCCUAUACCUGUAAGGAUUGUAGAAAACUUUUUCAUCAGAAGUCACACAUGAGGAAUCAGGAGAACACAUGAAAAUGAGAAAGUCACUUCAGUGUAAAGACUGGGCAGACUGAAGAUAGGGUUUACUGGUAAAGCACUUGCUCAGCCUGUGUGAAGCCCAGCAACACAGUGAAAAAGAUGUAGAAAAAUUUUAUAGCAAAGGUCACACCUCACUGUAUAUUAGGAAACUCAUGAAGGAAAUCCUAUAAAUAGAAUGAAUGUUGGAGGCACUUUUACCAGAAAAUGAGCCCUCAGCAUACAUCAGGUAUCCACAUGGGAGGCAUCCCUAACUAUGGGAAUGCUUUUGUGAGAAGGCACACCUGAACAGGCAGCAGAACCUCAAAGAGAUAGUCUAUGUAACAGAAACUGGCUAAUGUGCCCUCCAUGAUCCACUCUUUGGGUACAGAGGUAGCAUUUUGUAGCCUUGCCUUAUUGUGCAUAAGACCACGUAACUGAGUUCAUGAUACACUAUGGCUAAACAUGAUGAUCACUACGUCAUUCCUGGCACACACAAAACCUUCAUUAACUUCUUUCCCCUGGGUUCUUAUGCACUUCUGGAUUGAAGUGAUCAUGACUUCAUGGGUGGCCAUAGUUAUGAGAUCACUAUGGUUUAAGAGAAAUGUAACUAAUAGUAGAGAGAGAGGGGUCUUCUAUUGCAAAACAGUAUUUUUACAUAAAUGAGAAAAAAAUUUUUUAAAUUUUGGCAGUACUGAGGUUUGAACUCAGGGCCUCAUGGUUGCCAGGCAGGUGCUCUACCACUUGAGCCAUUCCUCCAGCCCUUUCCCCUUUUUAAAAAACUAUUGUGCAUGGUUUGUAUUACAGUGCAAACCCAUUAUGGCUAAUGUACUAUAAAGUUUCUGAGAGAAGGUCCCUGACCUUUUAUCUUAGAAAAUUCACACAAGAUAAAAGUCCAUACUGUUUUAUUCUCUAGUCAGUUUGUAAGGAAAAAGAAAAAAGCAGUUGUGAAGAAGUUGCAACAAAUUAAGAAUCACUUAUAAGCUAAGUACAUUUCAUUGGUUGCUUUGGGUUUUUGAUGUUUUUACUACUUUUGGCAGUUUUAGGUCUGAACACUUGGCCCUGCUUUUCCUAGACAAGCAUUUUACUACUUGAGCCACACCUGCAGCCCCUUUCUGUUUUAGGUUAUUUGUUCAGACAGGGUCUCAUAUUUUUGCUCAAACAGGCCUCAGACUCCAGUCCUACUUAUAUCUUCCAUGUUGCUGCAGUUACAGGUGUGUGCUAUAAUUUUUAGUUUAUUUGUUGAGAUGGGAAGACAUUCACUUUUUGGCCCAGCUGUCUUGGAACCACGGUCCUCCCACUUCACACACUGUAACUGAUCCUUUUGAAGACAAUAAGUCUUCAUAAAUUUAACUAAUGGAUGUUUUAAAUUAUGAAAUUCAUCAGAAGCUCUACUAAUUUAUGUAAUUGGAAAUUAUUUGAAAAUAUUCAUA